AUUUUUUUGAACUACACAACAUCGACAAUUCAUUCAAAUCAUUGUUAUCUACAUAGAUAAUUGUGAUUGUGAUGCUUAUCAAAAAUCAUUUUACAAUUAUGUUUUCACUAUUGUACACUACCGUCUACAAUUAGUAGUACAAGUACAAUUGCAGUAAGCCAGAAAUUGACAACGUUCCUAUUUUAUAUUAAAGUGUUGAAUUUCGAAUUUCAACGUUAAAACAAUCAUAUUUCUCUAGCUGAAAUCCACUUGUAUUUAUUAUUUGUAAAAAUAUCGUUGGUAAUAUGGAGGAGUUGAAUUACGAGAAAAGCAAAAAUUAUUGGUCCAAUGUUUCCCCUUCCGUGGACAGCAUGCUCGGGGGAUACUCUUGUUUGACCAGUAUGGAUAUCAGAGAUUCGAAUAUUUUUCUGAAACAUUUGUUCCGCAUGAAAAACGGUCCAUCCAAUGUGAGAGUUUUGGAUUGUGGUGCUGGUAUUGGUAGAAUAACCGAAAAUCUUUUGUGCAAACACUUUAAGUAUGCGGAUUUGUUGGAACAAGAUGAAAAGUUUUUAAAAACAGCUAAACAAAAAUUACAAGGGACCAAUGUGGACAACUUUUAUUGCUGUGGUAUGUUUAUUUAUCAUUAUUUCAAUUUUUAAUAGUUUUAAAGAAAGAAUGAAUAAGUAUUCAUUCUUACUUACAAACAAAAUUUUGUCUAGGGCUACAAGAAUUUAUGCCUAUUAACUAUCAACAAUAUGAUGUUAUAUGGAUUCAAUGGGUUCUUGGUUAUAUUACUGAUGAUGAUUUAGUUAAAUUUUUGAAAAGAUGUUGGUAAUGAAAAAAAUUAUUAAUCUUUUGGUUUUAGUAUAUUACCACAGAAUAAAAUAACUGUAUUUAAUUUAUUUUUAUUUUAGCAAAUUAUUAAGCAAAAAUGGUGUUAUAGUCGUUAAAGAAAAUAUAUCCCAACUGGAAGAAGGAGAUCUAGAUUCACAGGAUAGUUCAAUAACACGAAGUUUUUUAAAAUUCUGUCAAAUAUUUGAGCAAGCAAAUUUAAUAUGUACAGCAAAAAAAACACAACAAAAUUUUCCAUCAGAACUUUACCAGGUUGAAAUGUUUGCUCUGAAACCAGCUAAUUCAGAGUAAAUUUGGUGGCUUUACUAACCAAAUAAUAUUCAUGAUCUUCUCAAAUGCCAAAUUGAAUUUGUUUUUGAUCCAGACUAAAAUUGUUUAAAAUUACUGAGUAGUAUUUAUUAUAAUUUCUCAAGUACAAAUAAAAAUACAUGCCAUC